GUUGUAACCACAUCCUACAGAGACUCCACAAUGCAUACGCCGGGUGGCAAAGUGUCGGGCUACAUUGUCCUGAUGAUUGUGCAAAUAAUUUUCCUGGUUCUAUUCUGGCUGUUCGUGCGUUACGAGAAGGCUGUGCUCCCGACGCCAAUCGGAGCUGAAGACGCUGGAUCAGCAAAGGAACACGUUUCAAAAUAUCCGCAGUUCCAGGACAUACAGGUUAUGAUAUUUAUUGGCUUUGGAUUUCUGAUGACCUUUUUGCGUAAAUAUGGAUACAGCGCUACAGGUUACACUCUGUUCAUGUCCGCUUUGGUCAUACAGUGGGCUGUGCUGAUGAAGGGCUUCCUUCACAUGGAAGAUGGCAAAAUCGGCCUUUCGCUGGAAAACAUCAUCGAUGCGGACAUUGCAGCUGCCGUGCCUUUAAUCAGCAUGGGAGCACUCCUUGGACGCACCACGCCCAUCCAGCUGCUUUGCAUGUCCAUCUUUGAGGUGGCUCUGUUUGCGGCCAACGAGUAUCUGGCGCUCAAUGUGCUGAGUAUCUGCGAUUGCGGCGGUUCCAUUACGGUUCAUGCCUUUGGCGCCUACUUUGGCCUCGCCGUGGCCAUGAUGCUGCGUCCGGCCAAGGAUGAGAAUGAUGCUGGCAAGCAUGAGGGAGCCAACUAUGUGUCCGACAUAUUCGCAAUGAUCGGCACCACCUUCUUGUGGGUCUACUGGCCCAGCUUUAACUCGGUGCUGGCUGAAGGAUCCGGCGGAGAACGCGCCAUUUUGAACACGUUCCUAUCAUUAGCCGCGGCAACAGUGACCACCUUCGUUGUAUCCGCACUUGUCAGCCAUGAGAAUAAAUUGGAUAUGGUGCACGUGCAGAACUCGACACUGGCCGGUGGUGUUGCCGUUGGCACCGUUUGCAACUUGCUGCUCGGCGCUCACGGCGCUGUCUUAAUUGGCAUUAUCGCCGGCACGGUUUCGGUGCUCGGCUAUCGCUAUUUAACCCCCUGGUUGAGCAGCAACCUGAGACUGCACGACACCUGUGGCGUACACAAUCUACACGGCAUGCCGGCCCUCAUCUCAGCCGUUGCCUCGGCUAUCUAUGCUUCAAUGGUCACCGCAGAUGACUAUCAAUCCGAGCUGCAGGACAUUUUCCCAGCCAUGGCGGGCAACAAUAGCACAGCUACCAAAAUUAUGGGCGGUCUGGGACGCAAUGCCAGCACACAAGCUGGCUAUCAACUAUUUGGCAUUGCCGUAACGCUGCUCAUUGCCAUCGGAGGCGGUAUCUUGGCAGGCGCCGUGUUGAAGUAUACCAGCUUCCGGAAUCUGCAGAAGGAUGAGCAGCAUCAGGAUGAGCAGUAUUGGGAGGUGCCAGCAGUGGAGAACAAAGAGGAAUAGUUAAGUUUUGUACUUGCCUGACUCCUCCUUCCCAAACACAAUCACAUGCCAAUUUAUUGAGUAUCGAAUAUGCAUUGUCAAAUGUCGAAAUAUUACUUUUAUUUUAUGCUUUUAUGCUGUUUUAUCCGAGAGUUGAUUAUAACAAACUAUAUAUUAUUAUGCCAAGCACAGAGAUACACGUAUACACAUUGUCCUCAUUUGCACAUAUUGUUUGUUUAGAUUGCAUUUGUUAAACAAUUUGUUGCUUUAUUUGCUUGAAUUUUUUAUUUGCCGACUCUUUUUUCAGUGAACUAAAAAUUGUUGAUGAGCUUUUGUUAUAAACAAAAUAACAACAACAACAACAACAACAGCAGCAGUUGCAGCUUCAACAGCACUCAAAACAAAAACAACAACUCCAACUCCAACUAAAUAGAAUCCUGACAAUCCUUUGUGCUCUGUUUGUUUCGCUUAAUUUUUGUAGACAUUUGUCGCAUUCAAUUAAAAAGUUCAAAAAAUUUACACAUUUAAUUAGCGCAACGCACAGCAAUAAAAAACAAUAAAAAUAAUGGAAAAAACCUACAAUAAUAAUGAAAAGAGAAAUCUGAAUAAAAUUGCAAGCAAAAUGUAUUAG